CGCCUCCCUCCCAGGGACACGACCUUCCCUGCUGCACCGGCCCCGUUGCUCUGGCUGGGGCCCAAGGGGUCUGUCCCCAGAGCAUGGCGGACGAGGACCUCAUCUUCCAUCUGGAAGGCGUGGAUGGCCGCCCCUCCUCCCAGAGUGGCUGUGAUGGGCACUCCGGUACAGACAGUGAUGAAGAGGAAGACUACUUUAUCUGCCCCAUCACGGACGACCCUGGGUCCCACCGGCACGUUAGUUCCAAGGUCGACAACUACAGCCACCUUGUGAAAAGCGAGCACGGCGGCUCCAGCGGGUCCUCGGCCGGCUGCUUCCACUACAAGGAGACCUGGAAGCAUGCCAUCGAGAAGGCCAAGCACAUGCCCGACCCCUGGGCUGAGUUCCACCUUGAGGACGUUGCCACAGAACACGCCACUCGCCACAGGUACAACGCUGUCACCGGGCAGUGGCAGGAGGAUGAGGUUCUGAUCAAGAUGGCGUCUCAGCCCUUUGGCCGCGGAGCCAUGAGGGAGUGCUUCCGGGCGAAGAAGCUCUCCAACUUCCUGCAUGCCCAGCAGUGGAAGGGGGCCUCCAACUACGUGGCAAAGCGCUACAUCGAGACGGUGGACAGGGACGUGUACUUCGAGGACGUGCGUCUGCAGAUGGAGGCCAAGCUCUGGGGGGAGGAAUACAACCGGCACAAGCCCCCCAAGCAGGUGGACAUCAUGCAGAUGUGCAUCAUUGAGCUGACAGAGAGGCCAGGCAAGCCCCUCUUCCACCUGGAGCACUACAUCGAGGGCAAGUACAUCAAGUACAACUCAAACUCGGGCUUUGUCCGCGACGACAACAUCCGCCUGACACCACAGGCCUUCAGCCACUUCACAUUUGAACGUUCUGGCCAUCAGCUGAUCGUGGUAGACAUUCAAGGUGUGGGUGACCUCUACACUGACCCGCAGAUUCACACUGAGACGGGCACAGACUUCGGGGAUGGCAACCUAGGUGUCCGGGGCAUGGCCCUCUUCUUCCACUCCCACGCCUGCAACCAGAUUUGCAGGAGCAUGGGCCUGGCUCCUUUUGACCUCUCACCACAGGAGCAGGACACGGUGAAUCAGAACACCAAGCUGCUGCAGUCGGCCAAGACCAUGUUGAGGGGCACAGAGGAGAAGUGUGGGAGUCCUCGAGUCAGGACCCUGUCUGCCAGCCGGCCCCCGCUGCUCCUUCGCCUUUCAGAGAACUCCGGGGAUGAGAACACGAGUGAUGUGACCUUCGACUCUCUCUCUUCCUCCCCCUCUUCGGCCACCCCACAGAGUCACAGACUAGACCAGCUCCAUUGGCCGGUGUUUGGUGACCUGGAUAGCUCGGUGCCCAGAGACGACUGUCUGGACAACCACCGGGACUCUGAGCCCAGUGGGGACAGCGGAUUCCCCAGUGAGAGGAGGGGUGAGCUGGAUGACCCGGAGCCCCACGAAAAUGGCCACUCCAACGGCAGGCACAGGUCGGAGUCGGACGAGGACAGCCUGGGCAGCGCAGGACGGAUCUGCGUGGAGAAGUGGAGCCUGCUCAACCCCUCCCGCCUCCACCUGCCGCGGUCUUCGGCUGUGGCCCUGGAAGUACAAAGACUGAACGGCCUGGAUCUUGAGAAGAAAAUCGGAAAGUCCAUUUUGGGAAAGGUGCACCUGGCCAUGGUGCGCUACCAUGAGGGCGGCCGCUUCUGUGAGAAGGGCGUGGAGUGGGACCACGAGUCAGCCAUCUUCCACCUGGAGCACGCAGCCGACCUGGGCGAGCUGGAGGCCAUCGUGGGCCUGGGGCUCAUGUGCUGCCAGCUCCCGCACCACAUCCUCGCCGAUGUCUCUGUGCAGGAGACGGACAAGAAUAAAACGAAAGGAUUUGACUACUUACUAAAGGCUGCCAAAGCUGGGGACAGACAAUCCAUGAUCCUCGUGGCGCGAGCUUUUGACACCGGUCAGAACCUCAGCCCCAGCAGGUGCCGAGACUGGCAGGAGGCAUUGCUCUGGUACAGCACGGCCUUGGAGACCACAGACUGCGAUGAGGGCGGCGAGUUUGACGGGAUGCAGGACGAGCCCCGGCAUGCUCUGCUGGCCAGGGAGGCCGAGAUGCUGCUGGGGGGCGGCUGCGGCCUGGAGAAGGACCCCCAGCGAGCAGGGGACCUGUACACCCAGGCAGCAGAGGCCGCGAUGGAAGCCAUGAAGGGCCGGCUGGCCAACCGGUACUAUGAGAAAGCAGAGGAGGCCUGGGCCUGCGUGGAGGAGUAAGGCCCGGAGAAUCCCUGCCAGCGGGUCGGGGCGAAGGGCCAGAAAGGCCGCAGCCUCAUUACAUUCGGGAGGAGAAAGCAUUUUGGGGGUGCUGUAAAUCACCUUUUGUAUUUCAUUUUUGACUCUUGAAAAAAUCUUUGCUGCCAGCAGAGAUGCUACGGCUGUCACUUCAGACCAUAUUUGGGGCGGUGGGCUUGAUGAUGCAGCCUGGUGAGCCCCCAGCUGCAAGUUUCUAUCUUGAUUUUCUUUCUUGUCGUGAGAUGAGAACAAGUACUUUUUGCGCUGGAAGGACAACACUGGGGCGUUGCUCACCAGCUUUCCAGGCUGGACUCACAUUUGGGCCCCUGGGAGCCCUAGAGGGGCUAGUUUGUCUCCCGUGGGCGGUGUUUUGGCCUGACAGUACAAAGCCAGCUCCAAGCCUUGGGAGGGUACAGGGCACUCUUGAGUGUGCGAUUGUCCAGUACGCGGCCUCUCCACCCCUGGGGAGCGCCUGCGCGCUGGACGUCGUCUCUCUGUACUUCAGUUCCUUCCCACGUGGGGCGCGUGUUCUGGUAUACAGCCUAGUUCUAGUUUUGAAGCAUGCUUUUUACUGUGGGUUUUGCAGAAGAGGUUUGAUUUUCCUGUCACACAUGCACUACCUCUAACUCUUGUGUCAGCCCAGGUGCAGGAGGACGCCCAGAGCGCCACAUGUCAGGGCGGUGGGCUGGGAGUGUGGGGGCCGUCCUCCCGGCAGACGCACGCUCUGCGCCUUGGGCAGCACCCGCGGGCGACUGCAGCGGCCUGGCCUUCGUGCUCCUCGGCUCUGUCUUCUAAAUCGUGAGCCGUAGAAUCUGACCUCAGCCCCCGUUCUUGACAUUUUCAUUCUUGACAUUUUCUGCUUGAAACUGUGCUAAUUUUCUUUCAUUUGCAGCCGGCUGCUUUCAGCAGCAGCCCCUUGAGAUUUGUCUAAACAGCUUGAGAAGGCGAGGGCAAGAGCUAUAAACACUCAUUAAUUCCGGCCGUUUCCCCAGGGCCAGGCUAUGCUUAUCUUUAUUCUAUGAUUUUCUUUUUAAACGGAUGUUGGUGUGGUGGAGCACCCCUGUAAUCCCAGCACUA